GGAAUUCCGUCACUACCAAGUGAACUGUCUACCGCUGCCAUUUUAACCUAACGGGAAGAGUGGCGAGAUAGCUAGCUAGCUGGGAAACUGCGUGUUUGUUGUUCAGCGGUCUUAUUUACAUCUACAACACUUUCACCAUGGCUAUGCAAGCAGCGAAACGCGCUAAUAUCCGAUUGCCUCCCGAGGUGAACAGAAUCCUGUACGUCAGGAACCUUCCUUACAAGAUCACAGCGGAGGAAAUGUAUGAUAUCUUUGGGAAAUAUGGACCAAUACGUCAAAUCAGAACAGGCAACACACCUGAAUCGAGAGGAACGGCUUACGUGGUUUAUGAAGACAUCUUUGACGCCAAGAACGCCUGCGACCAUCUGUCAGGCUUCAACGUCUGCAACCGUUACCUGGUGGUCCUCUACUACAACGCAAACAGAGCUUUCCAGAAGAUGGACACAAAAAAGAAAGAGGAACAGCUGAAGCUUCUAAAAGAGAAAUACGGCAUCAACACAGACCCUCCAAAGUAGCGUUCAUCCACCUCCACGCCUCUCGCCUCCAUGUUCAGAAUCUUUCUCUGUCCAUACAAACCUCCCAGGUUCCUUGGUUUUAUGCUGGUGUCACAGAUACAGAUGUUGAAAAUAUUCUCUCUCUUUUUUUUUUAAAUGAAAUUAAGACGAUUUUUUUUUAUUUCCAUCAGCAAAUAUGCGUGAAGUUGAACACCGUUUAGACGGGCAGUAUGUGAGUUAACAUCAGGGCAGGGAGCUGUUCACUCCUCUGUUUGGUUGAUGAUCCUGUCAAAGUGGUUGACCAGCGGGACAAACUCUUAAAACUAGAUUUAGAUGGUGACUGGUCACAGUACUCACCCUGGGCAAGAUGUUGAAAUCUCUGAGCAUGUCACGUUUCGCUGUUUUUUUUUUGUUUGUUUUUUGUUAAUCUUUUCAUACUUCCACAAUCUUACCUUAAUUUAAAGCUAACCGUGGUCAUGCAGUGUGUGUGUGUGAUAUGAAAUUGAGUUGAUCAGUACACACUAUCUCAAGUGUAUGGUUUCUGUAAAAUAAAUGUCCCUUUUCUUAAA